CUCCGUGUCCGCCAUGAAAUCCCGUUUCAGCACCGUCGAUAUCCGGGCGGUGAUAGCUGAGCUCCGCCACAGCCUCUUAGGAAUGAGAGUAAACAACGUUUAUGAUGUGGAUAAUAAGACGUACCUCAUCCGCCUUCAGAAGCCGGACUGCAAGGCGACGCUUCUCCUGGAAUCUGGCAUUCGGAUUCACACCACCGAAUUUGAGUGGCCCAAGAACAUGAUGCCAUCUGGCUUUGCAAUGAAGUGUCGCAAGCAUCUGAAGACCAGGAGGCUUGUGAGCGUGAAGCAACUCGGCGUUGACAGAAUAGUAGAUUUCCAGUUUGGGAGUGACGAAGCAGCCUAUCACUUGAUCAUCGAGCUGUACGACAGGGGGAACAUAGUUCUUACUGACUACGAAUACCUAAUCUUAAACAUCCUGAGAUUUCGCACCGAUGAAGCGGAUGAUGUCAAAUUUGCGGUCCGGGAGCGCUACCCUGUUGACAGUGCCAAACCAGCGUCGCCUUUGCCCAGUUUGGAAAGGCUGACAGAAAUAAUAACCACCGCACCUAAAGGAGAACAGAUAAAGAGAAUUCUAAACCCCCACCUUCCUUAUGGAGUCACACUCAUUGAGCACUGCCUUAUAGGAACAGGAUUUUCAGGUAGUGCCAAAACAGACCAGAUGGAAAGCAAAGAUUUUGAAAGGCUACUCGUUGCUUUACAAAAAGCAGAAGAAUAUAUGGAAACGUUGGACAGCUUUGAUGGGAAGGGUUUUAUCAUCCAGAAGAGGGAGAAAAAGCCGAGUUUGGAACCAAACAAACCCACAGAAGAAAUCCUCACAUACGAGGAAUUUCACCCGUUCUUGUUUUCGCAACAUUCAAAAUGUCCGUAUGUGGAGUUUGAGUCUUUCAACAAGGCAGUGGAUGAAUUCUACUCCAAGUUGGAAAGCCAGAAAAUAGACUUGAAGGCGUUGCAACAGGAGAAACAAGCAUUGAAAAAGCUGGAAAAUGUUCGGAAGGACCACGAGCACAGACUAGAAGCGCUUAAUCAAGCUCAGGAAAUUGACAAGGUGAAAGGUGAGCUUGUGGAAAUGAACCUGGAGACCGUCGACCGAGCCAUCCAGGUGGUCCGGAGUGCCUUAGCCAACCAGAUUGACUGGACGGAGAUCAGCGCCAUUGUGAAAGAGGCCCAAGCCCAGGGGGACCCGGUGGCCAGCGCCAUCAAAGAGCUGAAGCUGCAGACCAACCACAUCACCAUGCUCUUGAAGAACCCGUACUCACUCUCGGAUGCGGAGGAGGAGGAGGAAGCAGCGGCGGAAGAGGAGGCAGCAGAAGAACCGAAGGGGAAGAAGAAGAAGCAGAAAGGCAAGCCGCUGAGGAAGCCUCUGAAAAACCAACCUUUGCUUGUAGAUGUGGACCUCAGUUUGUCUGCCUAUGCCAAUGCCAAAAAGUAUUAUGAUCACAAGAGGCAUGCGGCCAGGAAAACUCAGAAGACUGUGGAAGCAGCGGAGAAGGCAUUCAAGUCGGCAGAGAAAAAGACCAAGCAGACUCUGAAAGAAGUCCAAACAGUUACCACCAUUCAGAAGGCUAGAAAAGUUUACUGGUUUGAGAAAUUCCUGUGGUUCAUUAGCUCUGAAAAUUACCUUGUUAUAGCUGGAAGAGACCAACAGCAAAAUGAAAUGAUCGUCAAGAGGUAUCUGAGCCCAGGUGACGUCUAUGUCCACGCUGAUCUCCACGGGGCGACCAGCUGCGUCAUCAAGAAUCCAACAGGGGACCCCAUCCCACCACGGACGCUCACAGAGGCAGGCACGAUGGCUCUGUGUUACAGCGCAGCCUGGGACGCUCGAGUCAUCACUAGCGCCUGGUGGGUGUAUCAUCACCAGGUGUCUAAAACCGCACCCACCGGAGAGUACCUGACAACGGGAAGCUUCAUGAUCAGGGGGAAAAAGAAUUUUCUCCCACCUUCCUAUCUGAUGAUGGGCUUUAGUUUCUUAUUUAAGGUGGAUGACUCCUGUAGUUGGAGACACAAAGGUGAGCGGAAGUCUAAAGUGCUAGAAGAAGACAUGGAGACUGUGACCUAUAGCACCAGUGAGCUGGCAGAAGAAGAAACCGCACCCUUGGACACCAGCAGCGACGAGGGCGAGAGGGGCGAGCCCAAAGAGAAGCCUGAGGAAGGCUCGACUGAAGGGCGCCCUCCAGAGGCUGAUGGGGACUGGGCAGGUGAUGCCCUGGCUUCAGAGGGUUCCUCCAGUGAGGAGAAUCCCAACUCUGAGGAAGAGGACGAAAAGGCUCAGGAACUGAGGGAGAAGGACCAGGAGGAGGAGGAGGAGAUCAGCUUUCCAGACACAACCAUUGAACUCUCACACCUGCAGUCCCAAAGAGCCCAGCUGAAAUCUGCUCCCAAAGAAGACACAGCGAGCUUAACUGAUGGAAAAUCCCAGAGCCGAAGGCAUCUCUCAGCCAAGGAGAGAAGAGAGAUGAAGAAGAAACAGCAGCAGAGUGACCCCGCCAGUGAUUCGGACCCCCCAAAGGGGAAGGAAGAGGAAGAGGUGGCUCAGCUUCCACCCCCUCCCAGUGGGAACAAGAACACAGCUGUCCAGCAGCCAGUCAAGAGGGGACAAAAGAGCAAGCUGAAAAAAAUGAAGGAGAAGUACAAAGACCAGGACGAGGAGGACCGUGAGCUCAUCAUGAAACUGCUGGGGUCUGCUGGGUCGGUCAAAGAAGAGAAGCCAAAGAAAGGCAAGAAAGGGAAAGCGAAAGACGACGCCACAAAGAAACCGCCCCAGAAGCCAAGGGCAAGCCCAAGGGUGGCAGAGCUGGCCAGGAUCAAGGAAGGAGCCCCUAUGUUGGAAGAACAUCUGGAGGAACAGCCGGAUGAGAAGGAGGAGCAGGACCAAGAUCAGCACGCCAGCGAGGAAGCAGAGACUCUCUUAGACUCACUGACUGGGCAGCCCCAUUCAGAAGACAUCCUCCUCUUCGCCGUCCCCUUCUGCGCACCUUACACUACCAUGACAAACUACAAAUACAAAGUCAAGCUGACGCCAGGCACCCAGCGGAAAGGGAAAGCUGCCAAGACCGCCUUGCAUAGCUUCAUGCAGUCCAAGGAGGCGACCCCACGGGAGAAGGAUCUCUUCCGCAGCGUGAAGGAUACAGACCUCUCCAGAAAUAUUCCAGGCAAAGUGAAGGUAUCUGCUCCAAAUCUCCUGCACACAAAGAAGAAGUAA